GCACAAUCAUCUCAUCUUCCUUUCAAGUUGCAAUUAAUUAAUUAAAUCCUUAGAUACCAGUUUAAGCAUAAUUGAUGGCUCCUUUUUCUACAAUCUUUUUUCUUAUUUUGUUAAUAGUCCCUCUAUGCAGUGCAACUCUUGGAGUUCAAUACUAUGAUCAAACAUGUCCUCAUGCUGAAGAUAUUAUUUAUCAAACAAUUCGCAAUGCUUCGUUUUUUGAUCCUAAAGUCCCAGCACGUAUUCUCAGGAUGUUCUUCCAUGAUUGUUUCAUUAGAGGAUGUGAUGCAUCAGUUCUACUGGAUUCAACACCAGAAAACAAAGCAGAGAAAGAUGGUCCGCCUAACCUCUCUCUUGGAGCUUUCUAUGUGAUUGAUGCUGUCAAAACAAACCUCGAAAAGGCUUGCCCAGCAACUGUUUCUUGUGCUGACAUAGUUGCCAUCGCAGCUAGAGAUGUCGUGGCCAUGUCUGGAGGUCCAUACUGGAAUGUACUAAAAGGAAGAAAAGAUGGAAGGGUGUCAAGGGCCAAUGAGACAGUAAACUUACCUGCUCCAUCCUUCAACACAAGCCAACUCAUUCAGAGCUUUGCCAACAGGGGAUUGGGAGUGAAAGAUUUGGUUGCUCUUUCUGGUGGACACACACUUGGAUUCUCACACUGCUCUUCAUUUGAAGGCAGACUUCAUAACUUCAGCUCAGUGCACGACACUGACCCGAGCUUGAACGCAGUAUUUGCACAGAGCUUAAAGCAGAAAUGCCCGAAACCCAACAGUGAUCGCAAUGCAGGACAAUUAUUGGACCCAACUUCAUCAGUAUUUGACAACAACUAUUACAAGCAAAUUAUUUCAGGCAAAGGUGUUUUUGCAUCAGACCAGAGUUUGUUGAAUGACUACAGGACUGGAUUGAUUGUUAAGGCAUUUGCCAAUGACCAAACUGUGUUCUUCAGGGAAUUUGCUGCUUCAAUGAUCAAGCUUGGAAAUGUUGGUGUCCUUGAAAAUGCAGAAGUUAGACUCAACUGCAGAGCUGUGAACUGAGAAAUGAGUGUGUUUGUACCUAUGUUUGUUCUUUUUGCUGUCUAAUAACUGAGGCUUAAUGAAAUACUAGUAUGAAAUA